AUGAGCGACGUCAACAUGCCUUGCCUGUGCCGCAUCGCACCGCUCCCAGGAUCACAUUGCAGCGUCGUGAUUAUUCUGUACCCCGGCGAUUUGUUGAAGGCAUCGGGGCAGAAGAUCAGGACAUCGAUCCGGCACGCCGACCCGCAGACUGUGAAGGAAUGGCACCGCGACGAGGCGAUCCGCGUGCUGAAGUUUUUCCGGGAGGCGGUUAUGGCCGAGCUGCGGUGCGAUGGUAGGAAAUGGGAGUGGGCGAAGCCGUCUGAAGAAGAGGUGCAGGAGAGGCUCGCCGACUGCGAUCACCCCCUGCGAGAUAAAGUGCCCAACGCCGUCCGGGACGGGGACGCUGGCUCCGGUCUGCUAGCAAUGAGCGCGUUGCUCUGGGCGCGGAUGGAUCUCCUGACCGGUGGCCUUCGACGCAGUGCCACCAGCAUGGACAAGGUCUACGUUUCGGGGUUGAAGAAGCUGCGGACUGAUAUGGUGGCAUGGAUCAAGAAGCUAGUAGCGCGCAAACGGGCGGGCCAGGUCGGAGUUGCUGCCGACGCCUGUGACGACGACGGCGAGGAGGUCCAUUCAGCAUUCCAAGCAGUCGGUAUCGCCCGCACCGUUGCUGAUGCGCGUGGGACCACGAUAGGAAAGCCGGGAGGCGGCGUCGACGGGGAUGAUGCGGAGGCUGGAAAGGGGAUAUCUGGUACCAAGGAGAAGCACCAGGACAAGGAUCGUGAUGAGGAUCGUAUGGAGGAGGGGGGCUCGGAGGAGGAUCGUGAGGAGGGUCGUUUGGAGUCAGAGUCGGAGUCGGAGUUGAAGUUGGAAGGGGAGGAGGAGGAAGAGGAGCAGGAGAAGCAGGAGGAGGUGGAGCACAAGGAGCAGGAGCAAGAGAAGCAGCUAGAGGGGGAGCAGGAGGAAGAGGUGGAAUUGGAGGUGGAAGAAGAGGAAGAACACGAGGAGGUUGUAGCUGCUGGAGCGGCGGAAACGGGUGAAAGGUUGGCGGACGUUGAGAAGGAGGAAGGGGAGGGGAAGGGUGCGAUGUCAGCGGAUCUCAAAAAGGAGAAAGAGGAGGUCGGCGUGGAGGCGGCUCAUGGGGGGAGUGGGAAUGUCGUGGUUGGCGAUUGGAAGGAAGGUGUAGACCUCGAGGCCGUAGGAGAAGGGGAUAACACCGCGGCCACGAAGCAGACAGGCGUGGAAGUGACUCACGGGGGGGAGCGGUCUAGGAAGAAGAAGGCGGCGAGCGGUCACCCCGGUUCCACCGCAGCUGGUCGGCAGGCGCGGCUGGACGUCGUCGAGCAGCUGCGAGCGGAGAACAGACGACUGCGGUCCGACAAUGCACGACUGGAACGGCGGCUCGGUGAACAGACGGGACGGGUCGACAGCUUGGCGUCGGCGUUAGCUGGGGUCCUCGACAAGCUCAAGGCUUUGACCGCUCAAGUAGCCGACACCGACCGAAACUUGACGAAGCGCCUCGAAGACGCCACGCCGACCAUGGCGACGACCAUUACCGACAAUCUCACCGACAACAUGGCCAGCGCAGUUGAAGCUGGCAAGUCCUUUGCCGAACUUGCAGCCAAGAUUCUGCAGCAUCUUGACAACCCCAACGGAAGAAUGGCGGUCGAACGCGCGACCCAGGUGAACGCAUUGGCCGAGCACGUGACAAAUGAGGUGGGUGAGGCGAGGAAGUUUUUGGAGGAUAUAGUCAUUAAAUACAUCGGCGCCGCGCAGACCAACAUUGCAGCCGACGUCGCUCCCCGCCUCGUUGUGCAGCAGCCGCCGCCGCCUAUCGCCCCAGCGCAGGCCUUGCCGGAAGAGUUAAUGAAGUCCUUCAAGGAGGAGGUGCUGAAGGCGGUGACGGAGGGGACGCAGCAGUCGUUUUUCGCCUCCGGAUUGAAGAUAAUGACCGAGGUGGUCAGCACGGUGGCGCCUGCUCGGCGUGGGUCGUCGCCGUCAGUGAACGACGCCGACCAACCGCAUCCAAAGGAGGCCCAGAAGCAUGGUCAGAAGAGAGGGGGCGGCGGAGGCGGGGGAGACGGAGAAGACGCCACGAGCGUGAAGCGUAGCAAGGGAGCUGGUGGGUCCCGCGUGGCCGACGAAGGCAGCAAGGGAGCUGGUGGGUCCCGCAUCCCCGGCGAAGGCAGCAAGGGAGUUGGGGACACUGGAGCUGGAGACAGCUCGGCAAAGCAACCUAAGACCGUGGUCGACAUCCUGAAGAGGCACUGGGCUACUGGGAGCGGAGGGAAGGGGUUGAGCGACAAGGAAACCCCCACCGCCAAAACUGCCCCACUCGUUUCCGCCAAAACUGGCAACGGGCCGAAUGCCAAGAUAGUGGAGGCAACAGCGGUUCCUAAACAGCCUCCCGCGGGUGCACGUCAUCCGACCAGCGCGUCAGCCGACGUCCCGCCUGCCGACAAGGAUAGCCGCGCGUGGAAAGGGGCGGCCGCUGCAAACGCACUCAAGGACCAGCUCAGGCUCCUUGCGGGCCACAGGGCUGCUCAACAGCCUCCCCCCCCUGUCGCCGAGCCAUCUGCCAGUGUGCCACGUGUAGCGCCGGCCGUCGCCGCCCGUACUCCUGCAAACCCUAAGUCCGCUUUGCUGCGCAAACAGUUAGGCACACGAGGGUCGACUGCGCCAACUCAGCAGGAAGUUGGCUCUAGGGCGACGCUGACAUCGGGGAAUGUCGCAGCACCCACUCCCGUGGCGGCUGAUGUCGAGAAAGCGGCGGAGAAGGGUGUGCGUGCCACGCUUGCCACAGGCGGCAGCCCAAUUGAGGAGGUCGCCCCCGACGCGGAUAUCGCCGCCAUAUAUGCCCAACUGGAUGCAGCCAAACCCCGGACACUGACCAUUUCGGACACAGCACAUGCGGAGCAGCCGGCGAGUCCCGCCGGUGGUUCGGAAGAUUGUAAAACAACCAAUGAUGUUGUCGGCGAGGGAAAGGCGAAACGGAAGGGGAAGGCGGGCUCUCAGAGGAAAACACGGGAGAAGUCGGAGGUGAAGGCGAUGGGAAAAGGGAAGGAGAAGGCGGAGGAGAAAGAGAGGAGGGGUCAUGGCAUCCGUCACGACAGCUCGGGCGAUGGGCAAGGGUGGGUUGGCGAGAUUAAGGUGCACGGCAUUAAUCGGUACAUCGGCAAGUCGAGCGAGAAGAUGGAGCUUGCGUAUGUGCACUCCAUCGCGUUCGUCGUCUACGACGGUUUCGUGAGCAAGGUGCUCAUGGAUGAGCUCACCGGCUUGGACACUGCCGAGUUGGAGAGGUGGGGGAAGGUGUGGGAGGAGGUCAAGAUCUUGCCGACAGGGAUGUGGACGGUGAUGUGGGACCGGGGUGUGCUCCUUCCAAAGACAUGGCUCAAUGAUAUCCUCGACACGUAUCACGAGUGCAAGAGCUCAGGCGAUGCGCUCCACGGCGCGCUAUGGCCGGCGAUGUGGUUCCCCGUCGAGGGGGUGCCAGAGGAAAAGUCGGCGGCGAUGAUGUCGGCCAUGAUAGGUCGCGUGUCCAUGUGCGUUGCGUAUGGGAAGACCGUUGCGAGCGCGUCGAAGAAGGAGGGAGACAAGGAGGAGAAGACGGCGAUGGCGGCAUGGGCGUUAGUGGCAUCCGCAUGCGCCGUCUGGUGCUUCGUCGAGAACGACGACACCAAGGUGGCCGAUGCUGUGGAAGAAGGGAAGGCGGCUGCGCUUAUAGCCGGUGCGAGCAACGAGACCGCCAAAGUAUUCGAAACUGUCAUGGCGGCGGUGCUGAACGCCGAGAUCACCCGGGACCGCCCCCUGGGGGAGGUCACCUUCAACGUCGCGCCAGCGCUGCAGAGUCUCGCCCUGCAGAGGGUCUAUCCAGGGGGCAAUGCGGGAGUCGAUGCCGAGGUGGUCGCUAGAGCGAUGGUGGAGACCAUGGCUUUCUGGGGAAUGUGCCCCGUCGCUGGCCCGAAGCUCAAAAAGAGGAGUAUUGCGGUGCCGUGUGUCGCGCAGAUGAAGGCCGAUCUUGACAACAGGGGGAGGAAGGGUCAGAGGGGGAAGAAGGGGACGAAGGGGAAGAAGGGCAAGGACGGCACGGGGAAGAAGGGGAGGAAGGGCAAGGACAGCACGGCAGCGUAG